AUGCGAUCUGCUUUGAACGGGAUACUCACCGUAGCGCAGGUCAUCGCCACCUGCUUCAUGGCUUGGAAGGCCCUUUCGCUUUGGGCUGGUACGCCUUACCCGGUGAUGAUAGUCACUACCGAGUCUAUGGUUCCUGCAUUCUUCCCAGGAGACAUCCUAUUCAUCUCAAAUCACCAUCGAAAUGCCGAGAUAGGCGAUCUGCCGGUCUGCUGGCUACCUGAUAGCGCAUUCCCAAUGAUUCAUAGGGUGCUUCGGGUGUUGUACGAAGAACAAAACAAUGCAGAUUCAACUCAGCUCAUCUUGACAAAGGGGGACAAUAACCUCAUUGAUGAUACGUUAAUGUAUCCUGAGGGCCAGGAUUACUUGCCCCGGAGCCAGAUUCUCGGGUUCACCUUAGGAUAUAUCCACAUUGGAGAUACGCAGAAAAAGAACACGAAAACCCAUGCCAUGCCCGCAACCGUUCGCACUGUCCCCGACAGCCGUGAAAAGAUCCUCCUCGGGAUUUUCAUCUUCGAUAUUGCAGUCUCCGCCGCGGCAGCAAGGAAACACAUAUCAAAGAACAGCACGUCUCGGAACAGUGCCGCGUCCCCCAAUGACCAUCCAACCAAUGCGUGUGAGAAACCAGAUAUUGUGAAUAUGAGUAACGCGGUUAUUGUUUUUUCCAAGCUUGAACCCGGCCGCACUCCCAAAAAUUGA